GCUCGGCGCGGCUCGGCACGGCUCGGCACGGCACGGCUCGGCUCCGGCAGGUCCCGAGCCAUUCAAACAAGUGGCUCCCGCAGCACUUGGGAGCCGGGGCUGGAGAGAGGGCGCGGAGCGGCUCCCCCUGCCCCGGAGGCGCGGGGCCCUUCACACUGCCUCCUUCUCUGGCGCUCGCUCUUUAUUUGACGAUGAAAUAAUGUUGACAUGUCUUGAAUUAUUAAGUAUUCCCUGGAUUUUAUUAGCACAUGAUGCCUAAAUGCUGCCUGUAUCUGCCGGGGUCUUAACCAGAGAGGAGCGAAGGAGAGAGGCAGAGACACAGAGCGAGGGAGAGGAGAGAGAGGGGUUUUUGACAGCUGUAUUUGUGCUGAUAAGCGAAGGCACAAGGAGACGAUCGACUAGUGAGACAAGAGGGAAGCGGCAGCUCGGAGCUGCUGAGAGGGGCUGCGCUUCCCUCCCGAGACGGCUCGGCCCUCCCGGCGCCGUGCUGGGGCUUGGGGGGGACCCGAGCCCCCUCCCAGCGCCUGGCCGGGCUCUCGGCCGCUGCCCGUGCCGGGGGGCAGCCCGCUGGCUGGGCACGCCGGCCGCGCGGGGCAGAUGCCGAUUGAGAUCGUGUGUAAAAUCAAAUUUGCCGAGGAGGAUGAGAAGCAGAAGGAGAAAGAAGAAGGGGACAAGGAGAGCCUGAUCGAGGAGCCCGCGCGGCCCCGCUCCCGGGACCUGGCCGCCUUCGCCAGCGCCAGCACGCUGCACGGCCUGGGGCACAUCUGCCGCUCGGGGCGGCUGGGCGUGCGCCAGACCCUCUGGGCGCUCGCCUUCCUGGCCUCGCUCGCCUUCUUCCUCUACCAGGCGGCCAAGUCGGCACUGCUCUACCUGGAGCACCCCCACGUCAUGGCCCUGGACGAGGAGGCCAUCCGCGAGAUGGUCUUCCCCGCCAUCACCAUCUGCAACAUCAACCGCUACCGCCACUCGGCGCUCACCGACGCCGACAUCUUCCACCUGGCCAACAUGACCGGGCUGCCCCCCAAGGACCGCGACGGCCACAAGGCCACGGACCUGCUCUACCCCGACCCCGACAUGGCCGACAUCGUCAACCGCACCGGCCACCAGCUUGACGACAUGCUCAAGAGCUGCAACUUCAGCGGCGAGAACUGCUCCUCCCGGGAUUUCACUGUGGUCUAUACGCGCUACGGCAAAUGCUACACCUUCAACGGGGACCGGAGGAACCCGCGGGUCACCCGCCAGGGCGGCAUGGGCAACGGGCUGGAGAUCAUGCUGGACAUCCAGCAGGAGGAAUACCUGCCCAUCUGGAGGGAGACCAACGAGACAUCGUUCGAAGCUGGCAUCCGAGUCCAGAUCCACAGCCAGGACGAGCCGCCCUACAUCCAUCAGCUGGGCUUCGGCGUCUCGCCUGGCUUCCAGACCUUUGUGUCCUGCCAGGAGCAGCGGCUCACCUACCUGCCGCAGCCCUGGGGCAACUGCCGGGCCAGCGUGCAGGGGGAGCAGACCCUGCCCGGCUACGACACCUACAGCAUCGCCGCCUGCCGCCUGCAGUGCGAGAAGGAGGCCGUGGUGCGCAGCUGCCACUGCCGCAUGGUCCACAUGCCAGGCAACGAGUCCAUCUGCUCUCCCAACGUCUACAUCGAGUGUGCUGACCACACGCUGGACGCGGCGGUGGAGGACAGCCAGGAGCGCUGCAGCUGCCCCACACCGUGCAACCUGACCCGCUACGGCAAGGAGAUCUCCAUGGUGCGCAUCCCCAACAAGGGCUCAGCGCGCUACCUGGCCCGCAAGUACAACAAGAACGAGACCUACAUUCGGGAGAACUUCCUGGUGCUGGACAUCUUCUUCGAGGCGCUCAACUACGAGGCCAUUGAGCAGAAGAAAGCCUACGACCUUGCCGGGCUGCUCGGGGACAUCGGGGGACAGAUGGGCCUGUUCAUCGGCGCCAGCAUCCUCACCAUCCUGGAGAUCCUGGACUACAUCUACGAGGUGAUCCGUGACAGGGUGAGCCGCGUCCUGCGCCGCUCCAAGCCGCCCCUGAAGAAGCCCUCGGGCAGCAUCGCCACGCUGGGGCUGGAGGAGCUCAAGGACCAGAGCCCCUGCGAGACGCUGGGCCGGCACGUGGAGGGCGCCUACAACGCGGGCAUCCUGCCCAACCACCACCACCGCCACCACUACCCGCACCAGGGCGUCUUCGAGGACUUCGCCUGCUAGGCCAGCUGGGGACAGGGGGCGGCCAGCCCCCACCCCGCGCUGUCCCCUCCCCGCCGUCCUCAUGGAGAGGCACCGCGGCACAGGGAACAGCCGCGCCGCUCGCCCCCGGCCGUGCCACCGGCACCGCCGCGGCCCCCAGCCCCCCCGCCCAGCCCCUCCGCUUGCCCCCAGGCGUGCGGGGUCAGCCCUGUCUCAAGCACACGGGAUGGGGGGGCCG